AUGCAGAUCAUCGCGGCGUUUGCCGUCGUAGCGGCCUGCCUUUCGUCGUUGGUAUCGGCCUACACCAACCCAGUCAUCUUCGAGGACUUGGCGGACGUAGACCUGCGUCGCUACGAUGGCACAUACUACCUCAGCACUUCGACCUUUCACUUCAGCCCGGGUGCCCCCAUCCUUCUUUCGUACGACCUAGUGAACUGGGAGUUCAUCGGCCACUCCGUACCAUCGCUCGCCAACUACUUCGGCGAUCAGUACACUCUUCCUGCCGGCUCGAACGGGUACAACGGAGGCAUCUGGGCAUCCUGGCUCAUCUUCGUUCCUUCACAAGAUAAGUGGUUCUGGGGCGGAUGCGUCAACUUCUGGCAAACGCAUGUCUUCUCGAGUACAAACUCCGAUCCCACCAGCGCCUGGUCGCAGAUUGCCACCGUCGACGGUUGCCAGUAUGAUUCAGGUGCUAUGCUCGACGACGAUGGUUCGGUAUACGUAUCGUUCAAGAACUUGACUGAUAGCACGUUGCACAUCGCACAGAUGUCGGCAGACAUGAAAACCGUCGUGAAACAAGACUUGGUGUUUGCGCUCCCCUCUUCAGACACCUCCAUGGAAGGGACUCGCCCGUACAAGGUCAACGACGUCUACUAUAUCUUCACCUCUGACCCGAACACUGGAGGAGAGAACGUCUUGAAGUCCAACGGCGACAUUUGGGGUACGUACACCCUGAACAAGUUCUUGUCAGGCGAAACGUACCCGGCCCCGCUGCAGGGCACGAUUGGCCAGGGUGCGCUGGUUGACACGCCGGCCGGCGACUGGUACUGGAUGAGCUUCUCUUGGACAUACCCCGGAGGACGCAUCCCUGUGCUGAUCCCAGUGACUUGGGACAGCAAUGGAUUACCCGUACCCACUCUCGUCAACGGCAAUGUCGGCGCUUCUUACCCCGACCCUGUAACACCUCAUCCCAUCGCGAACAACUUGACCGGCGUUGAUCGCUUCGCCGGCACUUCUCUAGGACCGCAGUGGGAGUGGAAUCACGACCCCGACACCACGCACUUCACUAUAAACAACGGGCUUACGCUCAGUACGGCCACCGUUACGGACGACUGGUUCGCUGCUCGCAACACGCUAACCCACCGUCAACUCGGCCCCAUCUCGACAGCCACUAUACAGUUGUCGUAUUCUUCACUCGCUGAUGGCGAUCGCGCCGGUCUUGGCCUCUUUCGCGAUCAAAGCGCAUACAUCGGCGUGUGGCGCAGCGGCAGCACCUUCACUGUCAACAUGGUCGAUUCUAUCGUCAUGAGCACUUCCACCUUCACGACUACGAGCACGGGUACGACUGAGGCCAGCGCCUCCGUGUCAGGCGGCACGAUUUGGCUCAGAGUGAUCUCGGACUCGACGUCUACUGGUGAUUCCGCGACAUUCUGGUACUCAACGGAUGGCACGAAGUUCACGCAGCUCGGGCCGGCAUUCAAGUGCGACACGAACUAUCAAUACUUCGAGGGUCAGAGAUUCGCGAUCUUCAACUUUGCGACCAAGGCGCUCGGUGGCAGUGCCCAUAUUGCGGACUUCGAGCUUGCCGCCGGCUCUUACACUGGUGUCGCUGUUGGUGCUGGCUCAGUGCCUGCUACGAGCGCUCCUGCCUCCACCCAGACUAGCAAGGCUUCGUCGCCGACAACGACGUCCGCUAGCAGUGGAAGCGGUUCUGGCUGCACGUCGUCACACUAUGCCCAAUGCGGCGGCAUUGGAUUCACGGGCUGUACAACAUGCGCGAGCGGAUCGACUUGCACAGUGGGUAACGAAUAUUACUCGCAGUGCCUGUAG